ACUAUAAAUAGUAGCCACCACACACUGCACGUUACCAUUAGAAAUACAGUGAGAGAAACAAAAAUGGUGUGGCCGUUGAAGGAGAGAAGGGGUCCAGCAUGGAAGCAAGGCUGGACGACAAACACUCUCUGCUCUUUAUCUGCGCCACCUUUGCAACUCCUCGCCAUAGUUGCCAUAGUCAUGUUUUUGUUGUUUGUUCCGUCUUACAUUAACUUCAAGUCCACCGUGCACACAGCCACUGUCGGUUUCCACGUCUUCCUCUUGCUCUUGCCCCUUUUCUUGAUUUUCGUUGCCUACGCCAUCUCUAAACACGGAUCGCGUCUUGUGCUUCCGGCGCCGCCGCCGUUCUUGGGUGGCAUACGACUGAGAACAGAAGGUGGGGGGUUUCCCUGGGGCGUGGCGGCGUUGGUGGUGUUGCUUUUGGUUUUGGCCUCUUACCUCUCCAAUUUCAGGUCCAUGUGGUCACCAAUCAUUUCGAGACCCUACUAGAUGAUGCAACUAUCGUAUGUAAGUCAUCGCCAAUUUUUGUGUAUCAGUUCACAAUAUAUUAAAAAAUAUAAAUUUUACUUUUCUUUUAAGUUAUUAGAUAACUUUGUAUCUUAAAUUUUACAAGAAAAUUAUCAAAUUAAAAGGAAGGGGAUUCUAAUUUUUUUUUUUAUAAAUAAA